UUCUCGUCUUCUUCCUCCUCGCAAGAUUUAAUUCCCAAUCUUUAAAUCCCGCCACCGGCCACUCUCCGUUUGUUGGUUGAUUGAGGAGACUGGGUAGCUAGGGCCUGCAAAUGGAGGAGGAGGAGGAGGAGACAGGGAGGAUGAGGGUGCAGCAGCACGUGACGGCGGCGGAGGAAGGAGGAAAGAAGGCGAAGAGGAAGCGGGGGAAGGUGGAGCUGAGGAGGAUAGAGGACCGGACGAGCCGGCAGGUGCGAUUCUCCAAGCGGCGGAGCGGGCUGUUCAAGAAGGCCUUCGAGCUCUCCGUGCUGUGUGAAGUAGAGGUCGCGCUUGUCGUCUUCUCCCCCGCCGGCCGCCUCUACGAGUUCGUCUCCUCCAAUACCAGUGUUGAGGAAAUUUUUGGUCGAUGUCGGGGCCUUUCCAACACGGCAAUCGAUCUAAAUAUUGACCCACGAGAUUCUGGAGUUGAUUACAAUAUGAAGCUUGAUCUGAAUAAGCAGUCAGUUCCAGACGCAGUAUCUGAGUUAAAUCACUUUGCUGAAUGUUUCAGGUCCCUGGAGUUAGAUGUCAACGAGAUGAGCAUGCCUGAACUAAGGAAAUUUGAGGAAAUUGUUACUGACACUUUGGCAGUUAUUAAGAGCAAACUGAUGACGAAGAUGGCUGAGUUCACCCAAACCGAGAGAAAUCCGCGGAAGACAGGGAAGAAUAAUUUGGGCUCACAGUCAGAAAAUGAGUGAGAAUGUGAGGAGAUGCUGGAGGCGGUGGGAGGUAUACGACUAUAUCUAGCAACAAGUUCACAGCUCCAACAAAACGUCCAAACCUGCGGUGUUCGCCAUCCGGUUUACCUAGCUGGGCUUCAUGCUUGCUAAUUGGGGAGAUGUUCUCUUCCAUUAUCUACAGAAAUUGCCGAUUGUAUUUUCCAGCGAACCAUCACGGACUCUGCUAUUUAUUGUGAAAAAGAAUCAAGAACUUCAAACCCAAGUAUCGUCUUGUAUCUAAAACUUGCUAAUUUGGGUUCAUGUGCCUGCAUGUGUAGGCCUUCUUUAAUUUACUUGUUGAUGGCGGAAAACUAGCAGUCAGAUUGAGAAUGCAAUGCGAUUUUGCUUACUACCUUGUUA